AGUUUUAUUUUAGUGGUGGCUGAGCUCACACAAUAUGUACGCAUGGAUUCCUAACGUUGCAUUCACAUCGUUAUGCAUAAUUGAGGGACUUAAAGGACAAUUGAAGUUUUAAAUGAUAUAAGAUCACUUUUCCUCAAUUCUUAAUUUAUUUUCGUCAGUGAUAGUUUGAGAGGAAUCUGUAAGCAUGUCUGUGUUUGGAGGACUGUUGAGGGACGCGUUGACCUUCUGUCAAUCAUCAAUGCUGAUGUGCACGAGACACUUCAGUACAGGCAGUUGUGCUAGAAUCCGAAUGCAUGCUAUUCCCAAACUAAAAGAGGUGGACCGAUGGACCGAGAAGAGGAGCAUGUUUGGAGUCUAUGACAACAUUGGGAUAUUGGGUGACUUUAGAGCCCAUCCAAAAGACUUGAUCAAAGGUCCUGUAUGGCUCAAAGGUUUCCAGGGAAAUGAACUUCAGCGUCUUAUCAGAAAGAAGCGGAUGGUUGGAGAUCGUAUGAUGACGGAGGAUCGGCAUAACCUGGAGAAGAGGAUUCGCUUCCUCUACCGCCGUUUCAACAGAUACGGCAAACACAGAUAGACUGAACGCUUGUGAAAAUGCCCCUUUAAUCUGUUUAUGUUUCCUUUAUUUGUACUCGUGUGAAAUAAAUCAACCUUUUCUGUUAAAAACAA